AUGAACGCCAUGAACACGCCAUUUAAUCCCCAGCAGUUCCAGCAGGCUCCGGCUAUGCCGCAACAGCCGCAGGCUCCCCAGCAGUUCCAGCAGGCUCCGGCUAUGCCGCAACAGCCGCAGGCUCCCCAGCAGUUCCAGCAGGCUCCGGCUAUGCCGCAACAGCCGCAGGCUCCCCAGCAGUUCCAGCAGGCUCCGGCUAUGCCGCAACAGCUGCAGGCUCCCCAGCAGUUCCAGCAGGCUCCGGCUAUGCCGCAACAGCUGCAGGCUCCCCAGCAGUUCCAGCAGGCUCCGGCUAUGCCGCAACAGCCGCAGGCUCCCCAGCAGUUCCAGCCUCAGCAGCCGGCGAUGAACUUCGCCCAGGACUUUGCUGAUACUCCGGAUAUGCACGAGGAGAGUUCCGGGGGCGCCAAAGUAUCCAAGGGUUACGGGUUGAGCCGGCUGUGCGCCGCUAUUUAUACCGGUAAGCAGCACUAUACGUCCCGCGCUGGCUACAAAGUGCGCGGGGAGAUGCAGUUGGCUUAUGAAUUGAUUGGUCCGGCGUGGCCCGAGGUGGACGGUCGCCGCCCGGUCAAGCGUGAGGUUUUGAACUAUUCUCUGAACGCCCGCGCCCGCAUGAAGCAGCGCAUGACGGACAUGGACCCUAAUUCUCAGUUUCGGUCCCUGUUUCAGAUGGUGGGUAACGCUUACUUGAUUGAAUUGGCCGAGGAAGUCACAGCCACGAACCAGUCGUAUAUCGGGAUCAAAUCCGUUCGUUACCCCGUCGUCCAGGACCCGGUGUCCGGGCAGGACGUCAAUUACGCGGCAAACGUUCCCCCUCCGACCGUCACCCUGAUGGCGUUCAAUUACGACCGGCCGAUGAUCCAGCAUUGGGACAGCCUGUAUAUUGACGGGACGUAUGAUGACGGGGGGACCAAAAAUUCAUAUCAGAACGCCGUUCGAUGUGCGGUUGAUUUCGAAACAGGACCCGUCGCUCAGAUGCUGACGCAGGCUGGCCGCGAUCUUUACACAGACUACGUUAAUGGGAUGCCGGUCGACGGGUCGAGAGACCGCAACAUCAAGUCCGUAACCGAGUGGGUUGCGUUCAAACAGGGUCGCGGACCGUUCCCGGGUGGGGGUGCCGCGCAACAGGACCAGAUGCCGCAGCAGGGGUUCCAGCCAAACCAGCAGGCAUACGGGCAGGCUCCCAUGGGUGGUUAUGGUAUUGGUCAGCAGGGGUUCCAGCCACAGGCUCCGGCUAUGCCGCAACAGCCGCAGGCUCCUCAGCAGUUCCAGCAGGCUCCGGCUAUGCCGCAACAGCCGCAGGCUCCUCAGCAGUUCCAGCAGCCCCCGGCUACGCCGCAACAGCCGCAGGCUCCUCAGCAGUUCCAGCAGGCUCCGGCUAUGCCGCAACAGCCGCAGGCUCCUCAGCAGUUCCAGCAGGCUCCGGCUAUGCCGCAACAGCCGCAGGCUCCUCAGCAGUUCCAGCAGCCCCCGGCUACGCCGCAACAGCCGCAGGCUCCUCAGCAGUUCCAGCAGGCUCCGGCUAUGCCGCAACAGCCGCAGGCUCCUCAGCAGUUCCAGCAGGCUCCGGCUAUGCCGCAACAGCCGCAGGCUCCUCAGCAGUUUUCUGACCUUACGGUCGCAGGACCGCUGAACGCGCCGGGGAUGCCCCCCAUGACGGCACCGCAGAACCUCGGUGCAGCCCUGGACGACGAAAUACCCUUCUGA